AUGGAAUACUUCGACAACAACCCGCGGCCGCCGAGUCUCGAUGUCCACAGCGAAACGGCUCGCACAUUCAUCGAGCAACACGCAUCCCAGGGCCGCCGCGUCGCUCUUGUGACAUCCGGCGGCACCACCGUCCCCUUGGAAAACCAAACCGUCCGCUUCAUCGACAACUUUUCCGCCGGCACCCGUGGCGCCACCAGCGCAGAGUAUUUCCUCGAAUCCGGAUACGCAGUCAUCUUCCUCCACCGGCAAUUCUCCCUCCUACCCUACGCUCGCCACUACUCGCACAGCACGAACUGCUUCCUGGACUACAUGACCUUCAGUUCCUCCGGCGGCGUGGUGAUUGGAGACGAGUACCAGCACCAAAUGGGCGACGUGCUGGCCAAGUACAAGAACGCCAAGCAGGAGAAUACGCUCCUGCUUCUUCCCUUUACGACAGUAAAUGAGUAUCUCUGGCAUCUGCGCGACCUGGCGAUGUCGAUGCAGCCGCUCGGACCCAACAGCCUCUUUUACCUCGCCGCAGCUGUAUCCGACUUCUUCGUCCCCGCUGAUCGCAUGGUUGAGCACAAGAUCCAGUCGUCGGAAGAAUUCAACAGCCUGCACAAACCAGGGGAAGCUGGCGGCGCUGAACCACCCGCCGCGCACAUGGAAGGGAAGAAACUCGUCAUCGACCUGGAUCCUGUCCCGAAGUUCCUGAAGCUGCUGGUCGACCGCUGGGCGCCGCGCAGCAUGAUCAUCUCGUUCAAACUCGAGACGGAUCCCUCGAUGCUGGCGGACAAAGCACGGUAUGCGCUGAAGAAGUACUCGCACCACCUCGUCAUCGGGAAUUUGCUCGCCACGCGCAAGUACGAGGUCCUGCUCGUGUCUGCCGGUGGAGAAAAAUGGCUGCGUCUGCCGGAGAACCGACGGAGUAGAAGUGUGACGAAACUUCAGGAUGGGGUGGAUGGGGGUGACCACGAGGUCAUAGAGAUUGAGGCGUGGAUCGUGCCGGAGAUUGAGAAGUUGCAUACGCAGAUGAUUGAGAAGGGGGAUCCGAGGAUACGGGAUGGGGCGUAG